CCUGCCGGUCCACAAUGCGGAAGAGUGGUUGGAUGAGUGUUUGGAGUCUGUUUUGCAGCAGGACUUUGAAGGCUCCAUGGAGCUCUCUGUUUUUGAUGAUGCCAGUAAGGACAAUUCUGUGGCCAUCAUUGGAAGAUGGAAAGGAAAGCUAGAAGGUGCCGGUAUCCCUGUAGUCAUUGGAGGUCACGAUUCACCUUCUCCCCGAGGAGUUGGAUAUUCUAAAAAUCAAGCAGUCGCACAGAGCUCAGGGACUUACCUUUGCUUUUUAGAUUCGGACGAUGUGAUGAUGCCGCAGAGAGUGAGGCUGCAGCACCAGGCCGCCCAGCAGCACCCAACCAGUAUCAUAGGGUGCCAAGUGAGAAGGGAUCCCCCGGACUCCACUGCCCGAUACACACGUUGGAUCAACCAGCUGGCGCCAGACCAACUCCUGACACAGGUGUUCACCUCGCACGGCCCCACCGUGAUCAUGCCCACCUGGUUCUGCUCCCGAGCCUGGUUCUCCCACGUUGGCCUGUUUGACCAAGGCGGGCAGGGUGUGCCAGAGGAUCUGCUGUUCUUCUAUGAGCACCUCAGGAAGGGCGGCAGGGUUGUGCGGGUGGACCAGAGCCUGCUGGUCUACCGCUACCAUCUGCAUGCAGCCACACACUCUGUCCUCGAGGAGACUGUCUGGACCCACCGCGUUCGCUUCCUGGAGGAGCAGGCCCUGCCGCACUGGGCAACCUUCACCAUCUGGAACGCGGGCAAGCAGGGGCGCAGGCUGUACCGAAGCCUGACCGCCGCCAGCCGGUGCAAGGUGGUGGCCUUCUGCGACGUGGAUGAGAAAAAGAUAAAGAGGGGCUUUUACUGCCACGAGGACACCCAGGAAAGGCCCAAGCCGAGGGUUCCCAUCCUACACUUCCGAGCUGCCCGGCCACCCUUCGUCAUCUGCGUGAAGCUGGACCUUACCGGGGGCGAGUUUGAGGACAAUCUCCGGUCGCUGAGCCUGCGUGAGGGCUGGGACUUCCUGCACUUCAGCUGAGCCGCCACGGCCAGGUAGGUCUGCCCUGCCCGGCCCGGCCCUGUCCUGCCCUGCCUGCUGGCCCCUGCUCCAUGCUGGUGGACCCCCCCACAGCUGUGACGCUCACCUGUUCCUGCCCAGGGAGCUGCAGUCUUCUGUCCUCAAAACCACUCAGACACUCUCGGGAUGGAUCCCAGUCGUACUAAUGCUCAUCGACACUUUAUAAUCGUGAAUGUAAUUUUUAAGCCACUUGAUCUAAAGUGGGCAUUUAUGUUAUAAGAGUUUAGGUUCCGUAUUUUAGGCAAGUCCUCUAGCCAAAUUUCUCUUUACUUUUUUAACCCAUCCUCCUAGUUGUGAGCCCAGUGAUUUGGCUUCAGUGGCACAUGCUGGGUGGCUGCCCAGGCCUUGAGUAUGGCGCUGGCCGCAGAGCCCACCUUCCUGUCCCCCACAGCCUGGGAGCAGGAGCGGGGCCCGGGCCAGUUCUCUGGGCAGUGUCCUCUAGUGGUGAGCCUGUGAGCAUGCGGCUGUCCUCUAAUUGGACCCCUAACCCAGGAGUCGGUGGUCAGUGUGCUUACUCCUGAUGCUGCUUUUCUGGCCACUCUUGGGCAGUGCUGCUUCUUACUGACCAUUUCCCCUGCACUGCAGCCCUCCUGCGGCACCCACAGGGCGUCGGCAGGCCUGCCCCCACCAGAGGGACGCCAAGCCCAGACCCUGCCCUGCAGAGCACAGGACAGACAUGGAUGGCACCUGGCCACAGAGACAGCCACUCUGUCCACUGUACCAUGAGUAGUCCGGGGAGCACAGCUGCCCUCACCCCCCAACUCCACGGGCAGCAGAAGCCUCCAGCCCCCACCUUGGUCUCGCAGCUCCCUGGGGCACAUGAUUCCAGAGACACGAGAGCAGUAUGGAGUAUGACUUUAUGGGAGCACAUUUGUGUGGGGCAACAGCAGAGACAUCAGGGCCCAGGGAACACGAGGAGGAGGCACCGUCUUUCCACAGACA